GCCCGGGGAGGGCUCGGCCCGGCCCUCGGGGGCGGGCGAGUCCCGGGGCUAUGAAAGGAGCGGCGGCCGCGCCCGCCCCAGAGCCGCUUCCCCGCCGCGCCGCUCCGCACCGGCGGCCGCCCCGGAGCCGCUGCCCUCACCAUGAACAGAGGCUUCUCCAAGAAGAGUCACCCUUUCCUGCCUAAAAUAUUUAGAAAGAUGUCUACUCAAUCAGCGAAAGAGAGACCCGAGAGUUUGCAUUUCCCGUUCCUGGACGACGAAGACACCAUCUCCACACUGAAAGAAUCCAAAACCUUUUUCAUCCUGCGGGGCCUGCCUGGCAGUGGGAAGUCCACCCUCGCCCAGGCCAUCCACGACCGCUACAAAGACGCCUGCAAGGUCAUCUCUGUUGAUCACUAUAAAAUUACACCACUAAUAAGAAGCUCCAUUCCCGAAGAGUACUCCAAGGUGGAUGAGGAUCUAGUUGACUAUUGCAAACGGGAGGUCAGCGUCAUUGUUUUGGAUGACACCCACCACGAGCGGGAGCGGCUGGACCAGCUCUUUGACAUUGCUGACAAGUACCGCUACAAAGUCAUCUUCGCCGAGCCCAAAACCCCCUGGCGCUUGGAUUGUCCCCAGCUAAAGGACAAGAAUCAGUGGAAACUGUCUGUGGAAGAGCUGAAGAAGAUGAAGCCGAGCUUAGAGAAGGAAUUCCUCCCCAUGUAUUUUGGGUGGUUUUUGAGCAAAAGAAGUUCGGAGAUCCUGAGGAAGGCUGGCCAGGCAUUCUUGGAUGAGCUUGGGAGUCUCAAAGCCUUCAAGAAGGAGAGUAAAUACUUUCCUUCUGCUAUCGAAGAUCCCAAAAUAAAAAUAGAUCUCACCAGCUACUUUGUGAAGAGGCCACCUGGGGUCCUGCACUGCACCACGAAGUACACCGAGUUUGGAAAAGCAGCUGGAGCCGAGGAAUAUGCGCAGCAGGAAGCAGUGAAGUCUUCCUACGGCAAAGGCUUCACCCUCUCCAUCUCGGCGCUGUUCAUCACCACAAAGACUGUCGGGGCUCGCAUCGAGCUGAGCGAGCAGCAGCUGCUGCUGUGGCCCGGGGAUGCUGACAAGAUCCUGCCCACAGACAACCUGCCCCGGGGCAGCCGGGCCCACAUCACCCUGGGCUGCGCCAACGGCGUCGAAGCCGUGCAGACGGGGCUCGACCUGCUGGAGUUUGUGAAGCUGGAGAAGGCAGGGAACAAAGGGGAGCAAGUGGGGGAAAUUGGAGGGGGGAAGCUGCUGUAUUUUGAUAAUGGUAUGUGGAUGCUUGUCCUGUCUAAAAAGAUUGAUGUGAGGGCGAUAUUCUCGGGGUACUACGGGAAGGGAAAACUCGUGCCCACACAGAGCACCAACAAACGGGGCGCUGCCUUUAGCUCCUGCACCAUCAUCUAGAGCACAGGCAGGGCAGCUCCUCGGUUUGUUUUUAAAAGGCAAGUAACUCCUGUAACCUUAAAAGUGUAAAGAGAAAUAAUUCUACCUUUACUAAAGUCAACCCUCCUGCCCACCCCAGCGUGAAGCCUCUGGGGAGUUAUCGGCCUCAGCAAAGGAAGAAAACAAGCAACUCCUGACUGAAACUGUCACGGAUUUUAAUGUGAGUUUUGGAGGGAACCUGCUGGGCUGUCCUGCUUGUUUUCUUCCUUGGAGAAAGAUCAACUCUGGGGCUUUUAUUGCUUCCCUCUGAACCACAAUCGUUCGAUCUGUACCUGCUGGCACUGACCGAAGCCUGUCAGUUGCUGUUCUGAAGCCAAGGGAACUGCAGGAUGUCCCUCCCCUCCCACCCCCAGGGACUGACAUUGGCCAUUCUGGCAGCUGAUUACAGGGCCAGAACUAGUGAGACCCAGGCAUGGGUCACUCCUGUCAGGAGUCCUGCCCUUACCAAGGGUUUGGCCCUGAGGACAGACCCUGUUAAGGGCAGCAGGUCCUGGCAGCCCAAAUCGCAGCUGCCCAGUGGGCUCCAUCCCAGUCCUGUCCCUCACAGCAGAGAUGCUCUGGGGACAGCCAGGAGGAGGGCACUGUGCCAGGUGAUGCCUUAAAGACACCAACUUUGGGGAAAUCAAGUGAAACACCAGGACAGGGAGCCAAUUCCCUCCACCUGGGCUGGACCAAGCACCAUCCCGUGUCCUGUAGGGAACAAUCCUGCCUUGGCAGGGAGUGGAAGAGAUGAACUAACAUCUUUUCCAUCUUAUUCGAUAGAAACUAAAAUCAUGUCUGAAGUACACAACUGGACUUCAUGCAAGAUUUUACUCCCUUCCUCUAAUGCACUUGAAUGUUAAGAGUUAGGCUGGAGUAACCCUGUAGUGUAGGAAGUGGAGGCACUGUAACCUUGUAACUCAUGUCUGCUCGAACCUAAACCCCAGCUGGAAGUUACUGACCCAGCACUUGUGUCAUUAAAUGUGUUUUAUUGCAACCUGGCUUUGUGCUGUGCCAGGCCCUGGCCCAGCUCCUGGGCAUUGUUUAACACAAAGCCCCACUAACAGCCCCAGGUAAGGUCCCAGCUCGACCUCCUGCCCUGGCCCAGGGUCUGGGGAGCAGCAGAGUGACAUUAACCCAACUAACACUGUAAAUACUGACGGUGUUUGAGGCGUGGGCUGGGCUGGGGCUCACCCCGAGUCCAAUGUUGCUGGGGCAAGGAGCAUUUCUCUCCGACUGUUGAGGCCAAAAGCAGGGAGAGCUUUGGAGCUUUUGUGGUACCAAACACUCUGCCGUGAAAGCAAAAUACUUCCUGCUGAUCAGGAGCAAAGAAUAAGAAUAAAUUCAAAUUAUAUCAUAAAAUAGUGAGCUAUAAACCCACCCAGAGCACCUUCAUGGAGAAAUCCCUCCAACCUUCCACAGUGGCAGCAGCUGAGUGCCCAACGCUCAGCCAGGGCCUCUCCUGACAGAACCUCAAGGGUUUGUUCCACCAAAGCUCUACAAGGGAUUUGCCAGCACCUGCCCAGGGGCUGGCUGAGCCCACACCCCCAGUGCCCAGAUCACUCCAGCAUUGGAAUACACAGCUGGAAUAUCUCCUUCAUCUGCCUGUUCAAGAACAACAGUGACAUUGUCGUCGUUUGAGUUUUUAUUAGUUUGUACAUCAUAUACAGUUUAUAAUAAAGUAAAACCGAUUGCAUAUGGGUCUGCUCAGGCUGAUUUCCCAUACAAACACGGCAUCAGGAGUUCUGCUAAGGAAGUAAACAACAAAUAUUCACAUUUUUACCAUUCACAUCCUAGAAAGGUCCAAGAGGGACGGCUGGUACCGAUGCGGAGCCCGGCUGGGAGAGGAUGAGGAGUUUGGCAAAGCAAUGGGACAGCAAUUGCUCCAUGCAAUUCUCCUUUCCUCCCAGGGAAAGGUUGAGCUAUGUACACUGAGGUAAACAUUCCGAAUUCCAAUUCAGAUAAAUACGGCAGCACAGGGACAAGCUCCUCUCCAAGUGGCUUCGCAUCGGUGCCUGGGUUUGUCCUGACUAAUCCACAGAGUUGUGACCCACGUGCACUGUGGGGCUCUGGGUGCUCCCUGUGGCCCCUCGGGUGCUGCCUCACCACACUCUGUUCACAGGAGCCAUCAGGGGUCACUGGGGACAGGGUGGGCAGUCAGACAGGCGGGGAUGGCAGCAGGGCUGUUGAUCCUGCUGGGCUCCCCACGGAUCCUGCCCUGCCCGGCCACCCCUGAGCUCCACUCGGGUGCAGUGUCCCAGCUCCCAGCAACAGAGCAGAGCUGUCCCUCCAAGCUCGGAUCUGGGUGAGGGAAAACGCCCAGCACUGCUCCAAGAAGGGAUAACCCCAUCCAUGAUGGUGGGAGUGGGGAGAGCUGGGCCUGGCCAGGAAGGCCAGAGCGUUUCACAUCAGCUCCCACAGUCAUGCAGGGACCCAGAAUGGCCCCACAGAGCCAAGGGCAGGGACAGCCACCAGCCACUGCCACCUACCCCUGGCACAGCCCUGCCACAGCUGCCCAGGGACUAGCACUGCUCCAGGGGGGUGCAGCACACAGUUGUCCUGUUCCCUAGGGAAGAGGAGGGGAAAGGACAAGGCACGAAUUUGAACAGGAUGAAAACCAUCCAUUAGAAAUAAGAGAAUAGCUGGAGUUAUUACUGAAACUGAGGAGGUCAUUUGGAAAUGCAAAGCAGCACGUGGCCCAGCCCUGUGGCUCUCUGCUGGCUGCAGGUCCAGGGCCAGCGUGGCUGCACAGGGACUGGCACCAGCUCCCAUGUCAGACACAGCAGCAGAGCAGCAUCCACUCUGUCUCAGCAGACACAGAGGGUGGAGGGGCCUGCUAUUCCAUGGACAAUACUCUUCUACCUGAACAAUUUGUCUUUCUGUCAUUUUCCAACCUGCAUUUCUGCAUUUACAACAGCCAGCAGCACUGGGGAUGCUGCUCACUGAACACUCCCAGGGUCAAAACCAAAUCAGGUACGUUUCAGUGCAGCUAAAGCAAGGAGGAACCUUAAGAGGGUGGCCACAACCUCCUGAAUGGACUUCACAGCUUUCCACCCCAAACUAUUCCACGAUUCUAUGAGCAUGACCAGACAAAACCACAUCCAAGGCAAAGCCCAGCAGCCACACAAUUCCUGAUCUCCCUGCCAAAACUGCAGUCCUACAGCAGAGCCCUCCCAUGCCAGCUCUGCCCACAGCCACACUCCUCACACAUUUCUCUUCACAACUUUCCCAGGGAAGCUGACAGCCACUUGCCAGCUCUAGAGCAUCUUCUCCCAACUUGGCUGGUGGAAGACACCCCCUGCCACACCAGCCUGGUCUGGCUCUCAGCCACAGCACCUCUGCUCUUUCCAGGCCCUUCUUGCUGGCAGCAGCUCUCACAGCACCAGCCAUUCCCCCUUGGAGAGCCCUGGCAGGAGUUGCCAGGCUGAGAGUCACACCAAAGUGUGUCCAUGCCACCACAGCACCACCUCCUGCACCUCUGUGUGCUCUCUGUCCUUCUGGGAACAGCACAGGCACUGCAGCUCUUGAAGAUGCUCAUUUGUGGUCUCUGUGGCAAAUCCCUGCAGCCAGUGACCCCCCUGGGGCUGCAGGGCACACAUGGGGGCUGUGAGCAGCUGGAGCACUGGCACUCAGCUUCCCUGCAGCUACACCCAAGCACAACCCAUGGACAAUGUCCUGGAACCACCAUGUGUGGAGGCAACACUCCAAGCAAUGCACAGCUGAGUCCAUUUUUUUUUGAAAGAAGCAGAGUUUUGUGUCCCCAGGCCGUGCUGGGACACGGUGGAGGUCACAGUGCCACUGGACACUGCUGCUGCCCUGAGGUGCCAGGUGCCACCAAGCCCUGCUCAGCCCUGCUCUGUGCCAGGGGAACAGGGACUGCACAGGUCCCAGGGCACUCUGGGCUAGUGGAAAGUGUCCCUGCCCAUGGCAGGGGGUUGGACUUGACAGCCUUUAAAGGCCUCCAAGCCCAAUCCAUUCCAUGGUUCCAUGCAUUUGCCUUCACCUUGAUUCACGUAACAACGUGCUGUAGAAAGUCUUGGCACUCACCAUAUGAAUAUUUAACUACAUUAAAUCAUGCAUUCAUGUACAGGUUAUAAAUAGCUGCUGUAUACAUUUUCUCUCCCAGAAGCAGAGCCAUUCCACUCCUGUGCUCCAAGGAAUGGGCUCAGUCAGCUUGGAGAGAAGGAAGGGAGGAAGGAAGCUGGUCACACUUCCCUGGGGCAGGGGGAAAUGAGAAUAAACCCACUGACAGACACAGAACACGGCUCUGCUCAGCAAUGAGAGACUGAGAACAGCCCAAACUGUACAGUGACAUCAACACACACACACAGGACGAGGUGUCAUGGAACCAAAAUGCCACUAAACUCUUGUAAACUCAGAUUACAGUGCCAGGAAAGCUGGGGAAGCAUCAGUGUGCAUAGACCAGUAUUUCAGUUCCCCACGUAUUCACCAUUUCAGAGCCUGAAAAGUGCCAGGCCCCAGCUGCUCUGGGUGCACCUGGGUGGCUCCAUCCCUCACACUGCUGUGAAGGAUGGCAGAACAAACGUGGGAGAGUUGGGUUUUGAAAGCACAACUCAGCACUGGCUCACUUAGAAAGCUGAGUUUCAAAUGAGUUGUAAAAUACUCUAUUCUGCAGUGCUAAAAUUGAAGCCCUUAAAUUUUCCCUCUGUGAAAGCAGAUUGUCAAGAAUCCUGACCAAACACCACAGCAGGACCACCUCGAGGUCCUGCACCAGUCCCUGUCCUGCUGGAGGGCACACCCAGCCCUCGGGAGGGAGGAAGACAAAGACCUGGCAUUCCAGUGAUCACCUGGAGCAAGGAGCUCCCUGCAGUGUUUGCUCUGCUGUGGGAAGGCAAAGCAGCUGUUACAGAGUCCCUGUGAGCUUCUCUCUCACAAACAGCCAUUCUCUGAGCUAACUCCAGCUUCCAGCAGCCCUACGCUGCCAGGGUCAGCCCAGGACCCCCAGCCACAGCCCCUCACUGAGCACCAGCCCAGGACCCCCAGCCACAGCCCCUCUGCUCCCCUCACAACCCCCUGGGACUGGGCCUGACAGCAGCAGGCUCCAGAACCACCAGACAGGAGCUCACACAGGGCACCUGGACAAGAAGGUGCUGCCCAUGCUGUAGAGAAAAGGGGGGACCCUGCUGUAACACCACCUUUUGGGUGAAAAUCAAACUGCUGACAGGCAGUGCCCCACAUCAAACCCACCAGGACACAGCUCCAGGCCAGAGCUCAUCCAUCCCUCCAGCUCCUGUCCUGACACUGCACAAGAGAAAGUCAGACUGCCAGUUCAGAGCUGGACUUUGCAUUUUCUUGCUGCUUUGGAGGAGUAAAUCACUGCCAGAGGAAAACCACUCAGCCAGGUUAACUAAACACACAGCUGCUGCACAUCCCAAACCACCCAGGACCCCUGCCUGGAACUCACUUGGCAUUGAAAGACUCACCCAUGUCAUGGAUCAGUAACAGGAAAUCACACAUCAAGCUCAACAAAAUCAAGUUCAGCACAAAUAUAAAAUAUUCAAGUGGAUUAAUUUAAAAAAGUACAGUGAAGGAAUUCAGCCCAGAGCAAAUUCAAUAUUCCCUUAAACAGGACAAUCUUGGGAACACAAAGCCCUUAAUUCCAGCUGCAUCACAGGGAAUUCUCACAUAAGCUGCUCUUUGAACUCUAAGCAGCAUUUCUCUGAUACAGAAUUGUAAGCUCACAUGUUAUCAUAGAAGUUUAAUGCCCAAGUGGGCCUUGCUGGGAGAACCAUGAAAAAAAAAAAAAA